AUGGAAAUGUGCAGGGUAUGUCUAUCAACAGAGAAAGGAAUGCAACCAUUGAAUGAGGCUUUUGUCAUUCAAUACAAUUUAUUAACUAGCCUUAAUAUAUCUAUAAUGGAUGGAAUGCCUCAGUAUGCUUGUGAAACUUGUUUAGAAACUGUAAAAUAUUUUAAAGAAUUUAGGGAUAAAUCUAUUGCAUCAGAAGCGACAUUACGGAAAAUUAUUUUUCAUAAUUUGAAAUCAGAAGAAAGAAAUAUUGAACCAAAAUUUGAAGCUCAACAGAAGGAAAACUUAGAAACAAAUGAGGAUGGGGUACAAAAGUUUAUAAAAAUUGAAAUAAAAAAGGAAAAUGAAGCAGAUAGUGACAUUGCUGCAGACAACUUUGAUGCCACAUUUGUUGAAUAUGAGGGUAGUGUAUCGCACCUUGUGAAAGACGAAGACGAAAUUGAAAAACUUAAAGAUGUACAAUUGAAAAAGUUGAAGAAAAGCAAACAUAAGAGAAAGCAAAAGAAAAAAGAAUUCAAGUCUAUAGAAAAAACUGACCUUGCUGAAGACUGGAUCUGUGGUAUAUGCCCUAAGGCUUUUAAAGAAAAAAAUGACUGGAAAGAACACUUAGAUGUUCAUAAGGAUGAUCGACAAUGUGGGCUAUGCAAAGAGAAAUCAAAUAGCCUCUCACAGCUUCUGGCCCAUAGACUGACACAUGUGCCUCCUAAACAACACAAAUGUCACAUUUGUAAUAAACGAUACAAAUCUUGUUUGUAUUUAGAACAUCACUAUAGAAUAUCGCAUAUCCACCAUGAUAAUCCAGAAGUUACUUGUAAUAUAUGCUCAUCCAGUUUUGUCACUCCAAAAAAAUUGUCUAGUCAUAUAUAUCAUGUACAUUCCAGCACGCGAUAUUAUUGUGACGUCUGUUCUAAAGGUUUCCCAUGUAAAACAAAUUUGAAAUCGCAUAUAAAACAACACAAUGUGAUCAAGGCUUAUGUAUGCGAUUUAUGCGGUUUCUCUUGUAAUUAUAAUAGCGGACUGAAAGACCACAAAGUAAGAAAGCAUUCUCAACAGAAGUUAAACUGUAAAAAUUGCACGAGAGCUUUCCCAAGCCAAGAGGAGUUCGAAAAUCAUAAGUGUAAAGAAAAGUUAACAAUUUGUACUAUUUGCGGACUGCAGCUUACUGGUAAUUCAAGGAUGUCAAGGCACAUGGCUCGCCACACCACCGUUGGAAAGUAUGAAUGUGACCGUUGUCCUGCCAAAUUCAAGUCGAGCUCGGGAUUGACCGCCCACAAAAACAGGCACGACGGUAACCGCACCAAACAGUGUGAAUUUUGUCCCGCCAAGUUUUAUACUGAUACGGUGUUGACAAAACAUCGUCGGACACAUACAGGUGAAAAACCAUACGUGUGUAAGAUAUGCAGCAAAGGUUUUACUGGGAACUACAACCUGAAAGUGCAUAUGAAAGUGCACGGUGAAUAUUUAAUUGUUAAGAAGAGUAACGAACCUGAUUUAAGUAAUAUAAAGAAUAUCGCCAAAUGA